CGCAGCUCUCUCCGUCUCUUCCCCCGUUCUCGAGACACGGAGGUCACGCUUCUGUGGACGCUGUCGUGGUGCGCACUGCCACCCUCGUAGCGUCGUCAGCGUAGCUGCGCCUUUAACCGGAAAGCUUCUGAUCAUACACAUGUGUAGAGAAAUUUGUACACGUAGCAAAAGCAACAAACAAACAUAACCUACCGAGUCGCUGGAGCAGUCCAGAAAGAGGCGUGCACAUCCCCUCCAUCAGUAAGGACACGCCAGUAGUCAGUUCCGCGGAUGUCAUCGGGCUAACAACUACUACCAAGUCAUGGACGGACGACAAGUGCGAGCCCUCUAUGACUUCUCCGGGGAGCCCGGCUCUGCUGAGUUGUCCAUCAUCGCGGGGGAAGUGCUUACUGUGAUGAGGGAUAAUGUUGGAGAUGGCUGGUGUGAAGGCUUUAAUUCUGUUGGAAAGUCAGGACUGUUUCCUGCUGCUUAUGUGCAAAUCAUUGAGGCUACUGCUCCAACGACAGCCAAUGCAGCAAAUUCACAGCAGAAUACAGGUGACUUCUGGGAUGACGACUGGGAUGAUGAUUCUGAAGUUGGUCAGACUCAGGCAUAUGUACCACCACUUCAGCAACAGCCAAGUGUGCAAUCAGCCCAGUCUGGGAGUAUAGAAUACAGUGACUCUGUAUCCCUACAGACAGUUCACUCAGUCAUACCCGACAGGGCAAUCCCAAGUAUACCAAAGAAAAAUAAUAAAUUUACUUUCUCUAAAUCAGGCGAAGAUGGCUACCUUCUUAGUUGUAAAAACAUUACUGUGCCAGAAUCAGAGCAGAUAUUUAUUGAAGAAAUUGAGAAUGGCCAAUUUCAGUGGGUUUCUACUGGUGAGAGCUACAACUGUGUUGUGACCUCGCCCAAAAAGGAGUCUAAACUUAAAGGGUUGAAGAGCUUUAUUGUUUACCAACUUACACCUACGUUCAACAACAUCCAAGUAUCACGCAGGUACAAACACUUCGACUGGCUACAUGAGCGAUUGGAAGAAAAAUUCAUCUUUAUCCCAAUUCCACCUUUACCAGAUAAGCAAAUCUCAGGUCGCUAUGAGGAGCAAUUUAUCGAACAUCGACGUACUCAACUUCAAGAAUUCGUCGACUACGUAUGCAGACAUCCAGUCUUAUCGAAGAGCCGCGUUUGGCAACAUUUUAUUACAUGUACGGAUGAGAAACGUUGGAAACAAGGGAAGAGGCAGGCUGAAAAGGAAGAGCUUUUAGGCGAUACAUAUUUCCAUGGAAUUAAAUGUCCUGACUCCCCACUCGAUGCCAUUAAGAUCGAGUUUCAGACCGAUGCAUUUUCAAGAUUUAUUGCAGGCUUAGAUCCAGUAGUGAAAAGUUUAAUGGCAAUGGCAACGGACCAAGCAAAGAAGCACCAGCAACUCUACAAGCGUGAGUUCCAAAAAGUUGGUCAAUGUUUUCAUGCACUAGGCCAUGCGCUCGAAGCUGACGAUUCAACUCGCAACCGAACUCAACUCAAUCAGGCAUUAAAAAACACCGGUGAAGCGUAUAAUGAAAUUGGAAAACUGUACGAGGAGCAGCCGAAAUAUGAUUGGGAACCGUUAGCGGAUAAAUUCCACAUUUAUCGGGGAAUCAUUAAUAAUUUCCCUGAUGUUAUUAAUAUUCAUAAGAGUGCAGUACAAAAGCGCAAAGACUGUGAGCGCCUCGUAACCGAGCGUAAGAUGGAAGCUCAACAGCUUCAGGAAUUGAAUCACAGGACAGAUGUAAUUGCCCGGGCGUUAGGUGCUGAGGAGACACAUUUUCAGUCGGAGCGUGAGAUUCAUAUAAAUCAAGCGAUUAAGAAUCACCUCGUCGAGCAGAUUAACUUCUAUCAGAAAAUCGUCAAUAAGCUUCAAGAAGCUCUCAACUCUUUCGAUGUCUGAAAUUUUGCUAUAGUAUUACAGCUAUAUUUAUUUCUCGAGGUUUUCCCUGGCGGAAAUUCCUGAUUUUUUAGUGUAUUUUCUUACUUAUUCCUUUAUUGAUGAUUUCAUGGAAUGCGUCAAAUUAAUUUUUACAUUUGAUUUUUAUGUUGAUGUGGAGUAUUGAAUACUCAAAAUUGGUAAAAGCAUUAUAUUUUUAUACAUAUACAGAUUGAUGCAUACCUUCCAAUUUUAUUAUUUUUAAUAUAUAGUACAUAACAAUACAAGUGCUAGAAUAGUACAUUACGAUACAAGUGCGGGAAAGUAGAUUCUCGUCUGGUGCGGCGUUUACACCCGAGCGAAGCGAGAGUGGAAAGAUACAUGAGAAGAGAAUCUCUUUUCCAAACAUAUAUCGUAUACUAUUUUUCGAUACUCCGUACGGUUAGCACGAAUUUUCCGCACGGAGUAUCGAAAAUUUAAUUUUUUGUAACGAACACUCAAGUUUAAACACAAUUUAAUUUUUACACGCGUUUACACUUGAGUUUUGUAUCGUUAUGCUAGGUAAUGCAUGUCUUUCUUUACAAGUUUCUAGGAUUUUUUAUUAAAUGAAAAACAAUGUACACAAUUUCCAAAUUUUUUUAGAAUUGUAAGCUAUGUAUAAAUUUUACGUAUUGCAUAAUAUUGAAAAUAUAUUUCUGCCAGGGAAUUUCUUAUGAAAUUCGGAGAAAUUCGUCUGGAUUUACAUUUUAAUUUAUUUUUUGAAUGAUAAUUUAAGAAAUGAGUUGGAGUAAAUGUCAAGUACUUCGUCUUCACUUACUACUUUAAUUAUGAAUGUAUAUUAAGUGUAUGUCUAGACGAGGCAUUAGUAGAGUACUCUAAUUUAUGUAUCUUUUUAUACGCAACAGUAACGAAAUUUACAAAUCAUUUUUAGUACGCUCGUUAAUCAUUGUCGAGUUGUACAUAAGUUGCUGAAUUAUAUAUUUUUUAAAAAAGAAAAUUGUAAAAAAUUGUUCAUGUUUUAUUCAUUUGAGAAAUUAGGUCUCGCAACAAUAGCUGAUUGUAUAUAAAUGUGAUUUAGUUUGAUAAGUUAUUCUAUUUUAAAGUAUUUCAGAGGAACGUUAAAAAAAUGAUUUGUCAAUUUUUAAUAACGCAAUGAUAUUCUCUAACCAAUGGUUUGCUAUUAGCUUCGUUACGUUGACGCAGUUUCAUUAUGUUUACACAUAAAUUGCUGUCACUUGCAUUUGUCUCUGAGCAACAGACUGUAAGAUAUAUCGAAUUGUAAUUAUCACGUUGAUAUCAAUAUUGUGUAAAUGAAUUGUGUAUAUUAUUAUCUAUGUAAGAAUAACAGAAGGCUUAGGUGGUUUGAAAUUUCUUUAACUAGCAUAAUUUUUUCAAAUAUUUUACAUAAUAUUUUUAUACAGAAAAGUUCUAUACUUUGCAUAUGAUGUUUUUUUGUGAUUAUCAAAAUGUCAUGUUUUUUAAAGAAAUUUUUCCACCAAAUUCAAAGCCUACUGAGAGCUUUACAAAAGGUUUCUACUCUUUGUAUAAGUAAAAAUUGUAAUAUUUUCUCGAAUACUACGAUGACAGUUUUCGUAAUAAUUAAAUAAAAUCUCUUCUCAUAUUUAAUGGGAAGUGAAAUGUAUCAUCGAUGAAGUGCUGUUUGUAAAAUGUUUCUAUUUUAAAAAUUUAUAGAAAUUUGAUAUUAAUUAACAG